AUGCCGGGUUCGAACCAAGCCAUUCAAGGUCGUGGAGGCAGGUUUGAUCCCAUGGUUUCCAGCAUAGUCCUGGAAGGAUGUGGUAAUUUUAGGGUGAAGAUAGCGCUUAGUCUAAUCAGCUGUAAAAAACUUGUUUUAAAACGUAUUCGCCACAAAAACGAUAGUCCAGGAGUGGAUGAUGCUGAGGUGUGCUUACUGAAGCUUGCUGAUAAAAUAUCUAAUGGAACAGUAAUAAAAAUAAAUGAUACAGGUACUAUUGUGUCUGUUUCCCCAGGUACUCUGAUUGGAGGCAGUUUUAGUUUCGAAUGUUCAAAUAGUCGUGGUAUCGGUUAUUAUUUGGAAUUCCUACUCAUGGUUGCACCGUUUUGUAAAACUCCUAUUGAAUCAACUUUGGUCGGGGUUUCGAAUGUUCCCCAUGAUCCGUCUGUAGACAUGAUCACACAGUCGUGGUUACCUACCUACCGCAUCUCUGUUGGUUUAAGUGCUGGCGCCUCAACAAAAAUCGAUAUUCAGAAACGUGGUGUAUAUCCUGGUGGCGGGGGUGAAGUAUUGUUCUCUUCCAGGCCUUGUAGUGGUGUUGUUCCAAUUGACAAGAUUGAUGUUGGAAAAGUUUAUAGAGUUCGUGGUAUUGCAUGGAGCUGUCGUGUAAGCUCUUCAUACGGACAAUCCUUAGUGUCUGGUGCGAAAUCAGUUCUCAAUCAAUUUCUAAGUGAUGUAUACUUUACAAUAGAUCAUCGAAAGGGUCAAUAUGCAGGCAAAAGCCCUGGAUUUGGUCUGACUCUAUGGGCGGAACGUAAAGACGGUGGUGUAUAUUCUGCAGAAGCGAUGUCGGAACCUGAAGGGAGUGAUAACGUUCUUAUGGAUGCAGAAACGAUAGGAAAAUUAGCAGCAAACCGACUAUUAGAUCAGAUAUACAGAGGGGGCUUCAUUGAUUCGGGAACCCAGUCGUUGGCUUUCGUUUUAAUGGCUUGUGAAAGUGGACGUAAUGCUAGCCGUCUGGCUGUCGGAAACCUGUCCGAAUAUUCUGUUUGUACAUUAAGACUCAUUCAAAAAUUCCUUGGAGUAAGUCAUUUAAUUAAAAUUCUGUUGUAGUAGUAAAUUGCUGCAUAUUACAGAUUCACGUUUAUCGUGACAUGAACUUAAAAGAGUCACAUUAGUUCAACUUCGGUACCGUUAACAUAUACUAACGCUUUGACAUGUAAAGUCUAAAUAGACGAAAAACUAAUAUUAGGAGUUUCACAAUUUACCUCAUGGACUGGUCUUAUUUAAUUAACUACCAAGAGUCCUGGCGAGAAGUCGUAACUAGUGGAGCUUAUCCUUGUCAGAUGUGAGGUAGUUACCCACCUAAGUUAAUGGAAAAUAAUCACACAAUAUCGUGGAUUGGUUGAAGUCAAACAUAACACCGUUGGAUGCCCGCCCAGUGGUCUGGAGGUUAAUUAUUCGCGCACGAGACCGAAAGUCCUGCCUUCGGAUCUUGCGUGCUAAGUCGAUUCAUAAUCUCAAUCAGUACUCAACAACUCUACACUAAUAACUACUAAGAACCGGAAAGCAUUGGAUAGCCGUUCCAUCCUGAUAUGGGACUCUUGAGCAGCGAGUAUACACAACCAUACUGGGAAUCAAAUCCAUAGCUUUCAGGUCUCGUGGUGACCACUUAAGCAUUAGAACUACUGAGUUUGUGUGGUAUAAUAGCAACUCCAAUCAGUUUCCAAAAUGGAGCGGCUAUCAUCCAAUUCUACCGGUUACAACUGUUGGAAAUCUCCUUAAUCCUUAUAUACUGAUAAUAUUCAUUUUCUCACUAGUGACUAGUUUUGGAAUAUGACUCCCGGAGUUUUUGGUGAAAAGUUAUGGCCAAUCGAGUUCAGCCAUGUUAGGUGUCAGACAGUUACCCACCGGUGAUAGUAUGGGGUGAUUGUGGAAUAUUAUGAAUUCGUUAAAGUUAGAAGGAUAAACCACUGGAUGUCGACUCUUUCGUCAAGCUUAGACACUCGCUGCCACAACUGAACAUCUUGGUUUCGAUCUUCAGAGGUGGGUCAUGAAUAUAGACUAUCGAAUGGUUUCAUACUAGGGUAAAAUAACUGUUCAGUACUUCCUUGUUCUCAGUGUCUGGCUUAAUGAAAUCAGUCCAUGGUAUGAACUAUUAAGUCCAGUCAUUUUCGCAACACCCUAUAAGUAGUGUGAUGAGAUAUCCGUCAUUUGCAACUUUUGGGAAGUAUUUAGAUUGAACGAAACUUCGUUUGAAAGUAAUCCUACCAAGAAGACAUAUUUAUGAAACGGUGUCAACUCAAGCCGGUAGGAAUUGUGUUACGUGUUUUCUAUCAUGCUUCAUUUUUAAAUAUAAUGUUUGCAAAGAUCAUUAGUUUGUUUAAUAGAUUCCAGAAAACUUGUUUCUUGGGGUUCGUCAGUUAAUACAAAAAAAUGUUACCUUUGAUAAACAGAAAUUACAGGAGUACAUUUUUUUAACUUUUAAAAUAACUUACCGAAUCAUGAUAGCUUAUUUCUACUUUUUGAUGUC